AUGUCUGUUGCCACGGCACAUACGAGAUUGGGGAGGCUGAAGAGGCAACAGCGUAGCCCAAGGGACAAUGGCAGGGGCUGUGGAGCAAUCUUUUCCGAUGUGGGUGUCCGAUGCGGGUUCACUUUGAAGGCGGAUCAGUCGACCUAUGACAGACGGAAAGAGGGCAAAUGGACGCGAGCUGCCUGGGAGAUAAGAUUCAAAGACCAACUGUCGCACAAUGUCGCUCUGUGUUGCUCUAUCCUCGCCUAUGCAUAG